AUGGCCUUCGCUCAAGCUGCCAACGUGGUCGAAAGCGCCCUGCCUCGUGAGCAGCGGCCCAUCACCACCGAUAUCAGCAACUAUUCUGCCAACGACUAUGGCGACCCUAGCCAUUUGAUGAAGGCGCUGACAUGGCAGGGCAAGUACUCUGUCAAAGUUGUGGACACUCCCAAACCAAAGAUCAUCGACGACGAGGAUGUGAUUAUUAAAGUCACCGGAAGCACCAUCUGCGGCAGCGACUUGCAUCUCUACCACGGAGUAAUUCCUGAAAUGCAAAAAGGCGACAUCCUCGGCCACGAAUUCUGCGGCAUCGUUGAGUCAACGGGCCCCAAAGCAAAAAAGUACAAACCCGGUGACAGGGUUGUGGCUUCGUUCCAGAUUGCGUGUGGGAAAUGCUACUACUGCAAGAAGAAGCUCUCGUCGGUCUGCGAGAACACGAAUGCUGAUGCAUUGGCGUCCAAGUUGUACGGGCGACGGACUGCCGGAAUGUUUGGAUACUCACAUUUUACUGGUGGCUUCGCCGGUGGACAGUCCGAAUGGGUGCGUGUCCCAUUGGGCGAUGUGAAUCUCCUCAAACUUCCCGACAAUGUUCCCGAUGAAAAGGGCCUUUAUCUGUCAGACGUCCUCGGCACAUCCUGGAAUGCCGUUGUCGACACCGGCGUCGAAGAGGGCGAUACAGUCGCUAUCUGGGGUGCCGGCCCUGUAGGACAAAUGGCUGCUGAAUUCAGUUUCUUCAACGGCGCAAAGCGCGUUAUAUCAAUUGACGGAGGAUCCGGGUCAUGGAGACUUGAUUUCCUCAAGAAGCGCAUGCCACAACUUGAGACGAUUAACUUUACAGACCUACCAAAAGGGGAAAGUGUGACGAGUCAGUUGAAGAAGAUGUGCGAUAAUCGCGGGCCGGAUGUGGCCAUUGAAUGUGCGGCGGGCGAGUAUGCGCAGAGUUGGCAGCAUUACUUUGAGACUUUGCUGGGUCUGGAGACGGAUACAUCUGAGCUGCUCAAUGAGAUGAUUACAUCUGUCCGCGCUUUUGGCCGGUGCGGUGUUACGGGUGUUUACGCUGGAUUUUGCAACCAUUUCAAUAUCGGCUCCCUCAUGCAAACCGGCAUCCGCUUUAUCGGUAAUGGUCAAGCACCUAUCCACAAAUACUGGGAUCAUCUACUCGAACUCGUUCAGGCCGACAAGAUCAAGCCCUUGCAUAUGGUCACUCAUCGCUUCGAUAUCGCUGAUAUGGAGCAAGUCUAUACCCUGUUUGAUAAGCGACAGCCUGGUAUCCAAAAGCAACUGGCCUACAUACCUGCCAUCUGCCACCACUCCAAUCUGAUCGGCUCGGAAAGCCGCGCAUUUUUCCGAGCUUCCGCCGACGCUCCGGCCGCCGCUGCAGAGGCUGAAAAGGCGUUCCUCUUCACCAUGUCGGCAGCCAUCGCACCAUCGCCAUCUUCAGCUAUUGCUGCUCUGGCUCCAGCCAUGCAACCAAAGCCAAUGAGUCCUUCCGACACUAACAUGUCUCCGCGCCCCGGCUUUACGGGCUCUCUGACCAGCAAGGAAUGGGUCAUUCCGCCAAGGCCAAAMCCUGGUCGAAAMCCCGCCACUGAUACUCCGCCUACAAAACGCAAGGCUCAGAACCGCGCUGCGCAACGGGCCUUUCGUGAAAGACGCGCUGCUCGGGUCGGCGAACUCGAGGAGCAAUUAAAGAAAAUUGAAGAUGAUCAUGAUUCUCUUGAACAGGAGCUUAGAGACCAAAUCACUCUACUCACUAAAAAUCUGGAUCAGGCUCAGAAUGACCUAUCAUGGUGGAAGGAUCGGUGCCGCUCAUUAGAGCAGGAACUUAUUCAGGAGAAAAGUCAGAAAGUCAAUGUUGCAGACACCGUUCCUAUCAAUAUACGUCGUAAGACAAGCAAAAGGACCAACGUACAUAUCAUCGAGCAACAUACAGAUUCGGGCAACAAUCAAUCAGAUCUUGCUGCCACAGGCUGCGGUAGCUGCUCGACAACUCAUUGUCAAUGCAUUGAGGAUGCUCUUCAAGCUACUAGUUACAGCGACAAACCCGAUGAGCGCUCAGCACCUGAGCCAGCCAUCAAGUACGACCCAGAUCAAAUGGAGAUUGAUUUUACAUCUCGCUUCGCGGCUCCACGAACAAUCGCCGCAGCACCGCCAGUUGAGACCAGACCAUCAACAUCGACUCCUCCAGCAGAGAGGUGUGGUUUCUGUGGAGACGGUACUGCAUGUAUCUGUGCUGAAAUGGCGGACCAAGAAUCCUCCAGGCACCACGACAACAUUUUUGAGCAGAACCGUUUGGCUCCUAUUCAGAAUUAUUCGCAAUUCACGCCGCCCCCUUCGGACAGUGAUGCCCGAGAGGUGACGCUACCGUCUAUUUCGCAGGCUACGAACCCAUGUGCCAAUGGACCGGGUACAUGCGCACAAUGCAGAGCCGAUCCCCGAAGCACGCUUUUCUGCAAGACUCUAGCUGCUUCUCGAGCUGCCAGUGGUGGACCAUCUGGUGGUUGCUGCGGGGGUAAAGGAGCCGAUGGCGGAUGCUGUCAAUCACGUCCUGCUCCUCGUCCAUCUGUAUCUAGCAACCCAUCGCCUUUGACGCUGACAUGUGCCGAUGCGUUUACAACACUUUCACGCCAUCCGAACUUCUCUCAGGCCAGUGAUGAGUUGACGAGUUGGCUGCCGAAGUUGCAUACCUUGCCUAAACCGCGGGAGCCUUCUUUGACUGAUAGUCUGGGAUCGGCACUUUCAGAACGGCCGGCUAUGGAGGUUGAGGCUGCUAGUGUGAUGGGAGUCUUACGCUACUUUGAUAGACGCUUUGCUUCUAAAUGA